CCUCCUCUCCUCAGUGCUUCGGGAAGCUGUAUGUGUGCGGAGUUUACGCUCUCUCGCAAGCACCAUGACGGCGGCUAAGAGGAAGACCGCUUUGCAAGAUUUUUGCAUGUGAUUAGGAGGUUCUCUCCAACAGUCUGUGAAACUGGACUUGACGCAUCUUUCAUUUUCGGCCCUGCAGAAUGUCCAAAAUCAGGCGGAAGGUUACAGUGGAGAAUUCGAAGACCAUAUCGGACAGCAGCAGUAGCACGACCACCCCCUCCCGCAGGCCCAGCGUGUUUGAGAGACUCGGACCCAGCACGGCCAGUAAUGCAGCAGAGACUCAUUGUAGAAACUGGUUAAAGACUGGGAACUGCAGUUACGGUAACACGUGUCGAUACACACAUGGAACCCCAUCACGAGGAAAAGGCUUCUCUGGAACAUUCAACAGGUCAGCUGAGAGGCACACUGGGGAUCUCCGGGAGAGGAUGAAGAAUAAGAGACAGGAUGUAGAUGGUGACACUCAGAAAAGAGAUACAGACGAGCCCACUUCACCCAUAACCAGACAGCGAGAUUCAUCCCGAGGCAGACGCAGAGAGAAAGAGGAUAUUAAAAUCACAAAGGAACGCACUCCAGCUAGUGAGGAAGAGACCGCAGAUUGGGAAGCCAGUCGUGAAGAUUCCGAUAACGGUGAUUACGAGUUAUCUCUUGAGAUGAAGAGACAGAAGAUUCAGCGAGAGCUGAUGAAGCUGGAACAGGAGAACAUGGACAAACGAGAAGAGAUUGUCAUCAAGAAAGAGGACCCAGUCCCUAAGACCAGGACGAGUAAUUCUUCAAAGGAUAGGGCUUCCCCUGAGCGCAGUAGUUCUAAGGGGUCACCCUCGUCGCGUAAAUCCAGCUCACCCAAACAUAGAGCAGGAAAGGGUGGGAACUCCAGCAAGAAAGAGAAGAAGUCCUCCACUUCCUCAGUCAUCUCCUCUCCAGUGUCUGACCAGACCAGGGCAGAGGAGACAGACAGCAGGUCAUCUAAGAGUGGCCAUGGCAAAAGAAAAGGGCCACGAACGCCCAGUCCUCCACCACCUGUCCCUGUGGAGAACCCAGUGACUGGGAAGAAGCACAAAAAUAAACACAAGAACAAGGAGAAAUGUGAAGACAAACUUAAAGAAGGCAAAGAACGAGGACGAGAUACGGAGAAACACAAAGAGAAAAAGGAAAAACGCAGGGAUCGGUCAGAUAGUUCCCAUAAAGCCAAACGCUCAAUAACAUCAGCGGAACGUUCUGGAAGUCUUUCCCCACCCUCCAGGGAAGUGUCACCCCCAGCCAGAAGGAGGUCAUCCUCCCCUAAAUCCACUUCCCAAAAACAGUCCUCGCAGCAGAGGUCUAGAACUCCACCCCGUCACCGCCGGAGCCCCUCCCCUCCCUCCCGACUGCACCACUCCCCAUCUUCACGCUCUGGCUCCUCAGCCCAGAGACACUCCCCAUCUCCUCGCCACAGACGGGGUUCUAUCUCUCCUCUUUACCGAGACCUUCCUCCUCCAUCCUCAUCCUCACCACCUCCCACUCAAUCCUCACGUCGCUCCCGCUCUCCGCUCACCCCGCAGAGAGACACUUCACCGACACCCGGUCCUCGCAGGUCCAGCCCCAGUGCCCGUCACCGCUCCCAGGGUGGGGAGAGGGGGAGAUCAGAGCGAGACAGGAGUCCCGCACUGCAAGAGAGACGGCAUGAGCGCAGAGAUGAGAGCCGCGGAAAGCGUGAGAAAGACAGCAACCGUGACGAGCGAGACUAUGAGAUCGAGCAGAGCUCUUCUCGAGAUGACCGUGAUGCCAGGGAUGGCCGAGACCGGCGUGGUGAACGGGAUAGAAGAGAUGUCCGGGAAGAGCGCCAGCACCGCGGGGAGGCCAAAGACACUCGGGAUACCCGCGCAGGAGAACCGCGAGACCGCUCGGGACGAGAAUCCCUGGAGCGUAGAGAGAGAGACCGGGACCGAGAAAGAGAGAGGGAACGAAAUGAAACGACAGCCCAGGAGGAAAGGAAUUAUGGAAGAGGACAUGGAAGGGAGGAAUUGAGAAAUGACAGUAGAGUGGACAACAGGAACGAAUCUCGGGCUGAAAGAACAGGCAGAGGCAGGGGCCGUGGGGAUGCCACAGAGAAAGGUUCUGUUCGUGGUGGUAGAGCGUCACAGGCUGACACUAGCAGUGCUAGCGGGCAUGACAGCUGGGAGUCCCGCAGCAGUGGUCUGAGAGAGAGGAGCUCAGAGAGAAACACUGAUCGUGAUCGCUACGAUAAUGACAGACAGAGAGGGGAACAGCCCAGAGAUGAACGGCGGGGAGGACAUGUAGAGAGAGACCGACGUGACAUCAGAGAAAGAGAACAAAGAGCAUCCACUCCUGUCCGCCAGCAAAACCGCGGUGAGGACCUUGAUCGUGAAGAGAGAAAAGAUGAUCGAAGGGAUGAAAGACGUGAUGACCGCAUGCGUGAGAGAGAGAAGGACAGGGAUAGAGAAAGAGAGAGGGAACGGGAAAGAGAGAAGGAGAGAGAGAGGGAGAAAGAACGGGAAAGAGAGGCUGAAAGAGAACGUGAAAGAGCCAAGGAGAGAGAGCGGGAGAGGGAGAGGGAAAAAGAGCGAGAGAGGGAGAGGGAGGAGAGAGAAAGAGAGCGGGAAAGAGAAAGAGAGGAGCGGGAAAGGGAGCGAGAAGAGCGGGAGAAAGAAAGGGAACGAGAGAGGAAGGAGAGGGAACGGGAAAGGGAGCAAAGAGAGAGGGAACGGCAGAGGGAGUGGGACGAGAGAGAAAAAGGGAGGGAAGAGAGGCGGGACCGAAGAGAGGAGUCGCGAGAUGACCGCUCCACCCGAGAUGCUCAUGAAGAGAGAAAGAACACUCGUAAGAGACAUCGUGCUGAGAACACUCCCAGUCCACGGCCAUCUCCUAAAAGAGGUCGAGAUGUGAGCCCUGCAGACAGUGACGGUUACAACAGCACUGAGGAGAAAGGCGAUAAGCACCGACUGCUGAGUCAAGUGGUUCGUCCUCAAGAAACUGCCCGCUCGCCUGCCCACUCCUUUACUGAUGAUAAACACAACCGCUGGAAGGAUGAUGACCGUCGUGUGGAUAAAAAAGAAAGCCGUGGCCGACACGAGGAGGGGGAUUCCCGCGGUGGAAGAGGAGCAGAGCGACGUGAAGAACAUGCUCCAGACAUUUCUGCUACGGGCAUUUCUGACUCUAGAAGGGGAAAAGAGCAGAGGGACCUCCCUACUGCCGCCCUCACUCCUCCUCCUCCUCCUAUAGAGGACAGAGACUCUUUAUCAGCCGUUCAUGAAGAGGGGAAGAAAAAGACUAAAUCUCAGAAGAAAAAUCUGAAGAAGAACCGUAAAGAGGAGGAAUCUGGCGGGGGGGACCGUAGUAACCCCGAGCCCCCGUCCUCCUCUGUAGCUGAAGCCCCCCAGGCUCUCCUGUCACCUCGCAAGACAGCCAAGAAGAAAGCCUUAGAAAGGAAGCGCAAGCGCUCACUGGGUCCGGAGUCAGAUGUAUCUGAGGAUGAGCUGGUCGCCCAGCAUCCCCUCAGCAAGAGGCGACGAGGCCCACGUACACCUCCGCCAAUCAACAAGGAUGACCUUCCUUCCCAGAGGGCUUUAAUGGCUGGACCGAGUUCUCUCUCUGCUAAAAUGGAUGCCAACUUCAGUGACUGGUCUGAUGAGGAUGUACCAGAGCGGGGCGAGACAACUUCUGCCUCCCUGCCAUCCGAUAGGCCACCGGAGCGGCUGCUUCCCUCUGAACGUCCCCCUAGAAGGGGUGCACGUGGUGGCGGCCGGGACCGUACAGACCCCCCCAUCGCCCCGCUGCUCCCUGACCCUCCAAUGCUGAUACAGUCUCUUCCUUUACAACCAUUACUGCCACAACACAUGCUGCGUAAACCACCCCAAGCAGACAUGCAGCAGCAGCGCAGCAGUAGCAUGGGCAGUAACCAAAGCCGUGCGUCUUCGAGAAGGCUACGCUCGCCCUCCAAUGAGUCGGCCCACCGUGAUGAAGGCCCUCAGGGACUCAGGCCCCGCAGAGGACUCAUGCAAGGUGGCAAUUCUCGGGAGAGAGAGCGAGAGAGGGAAUGGGAACGGGAGAGGGAGAGAGACCGGGAGAGGGCAGCGGCCAGUGAACAGAUGGGAGGAGAGAGGAAGUCGAGGAUUGAUCAGCUCCGGAGAGGAGAACCUAGUCGAAGUACUUCCUCAGACCGACAGGACUCCCGGAGUCACAGUUCUCGUCGUAGUUCACCAGAGUCUGAGCGUCAGGCUCGCUCCAGAGCCGGCUCCUACGACAGCCGUGAGCGGGAACGAGAUCGUGAUCAGUUGGAUCGAGAGCGUGAGAAAAAGGAUCACCGUCAGAUGCAAAAUCAACAAACCCAACAGCGAGACUGGGACCCAGAACCUCGUGAGUGGGGUGGGCGGGGCAGAGAGCCCCUCCUCCGUGGCAGCCGUGAGCCAAUUAGAGAGAGAGACUUGCGGGAGAUGAGGGAACGACUCCUACCUGAAGGGUUGCUGGCACAUGAGCGAAUGGAUCGUGAGCGUGGUGAAAGGGACCGUGAGCGUGAACGGGAAAGGAUGCUUCCGUUUGACCUUCAGGCUCACAGGGAACCAAAGAGCAGAUCUGAAACUAAGAUGGAGAGGGGAGAGUAUGAGCCUCUGUUACCCAGAGAAGCCCUCAUGGAUGUAGAUAAGCCAGCCGACAACUCACACCUGCAAGUGGAAGCAUCUGAACCCAAAAUGGAUAGUCUUGAUGAAGAGGAGGAUGGAAAGGGGGAUGAUGCACAGUCUGCUGUCUCAGAUGGUGAGGAGUAUGAGCCAAUCAGUGAUGAUGAACUGGACGAGAUUCUGGCUGACAGUCAAAAGAGGGACGAACAGCAAGAUGAUGAAAAGAUUUCUGGGCCUCUAGAUGUGAUUGAUGUAGAUUGGUCCAGUUUGAUGCCCAAGCAAAAACAGGAGCUCAGAACUCCUGGGGCAGCUCUUCUCCGAUUCACCCCGGGGGCUGUUUUGCUCAGAGCGGGAGUGUCCAGACGCUUAGCUGGGCCUCAGCUCCUUGCCAGAGUUAAAGAAGUGUGUUCCAGAGAGCUGGAAGACCCUAAAGAUGCUGAUAAACUCUUAGAGCAUGAUCUGGGUGCUCUGAACAUGGCUGCAUACAACAGAAGAAUGGAGAGGGCCAACCUACUGAGGAGCCAGGGCCCUUGCUGCAAGGCACUGUGUGCUCGCAGAGACAUUGCCAUACGUAAACAGCUCCUGAAAAACGACAAGGGCACAACCAAGCAGAUCUACACCAGUGCUCCAGUGGUGGACAGUGAACUUGUGCAACUGAGUUUACGUCUCUUUAAAAAGAAAAUGGCUUCCAGCCUGUCCAGUGGACAGGAGAAGACCGAUUCCGCCUCUGCAGCCCAACAGCUCAGCACACCAGCAGAGCUGUGCGUCUCCUGAUUGUGCUCCGUGAGUACAGUCUGAAAGUACUGAUCUCAGAUCACCAUCUCGAUUAUUUUCACACACUGAAACUGUUUAAGUCAGUG